AGAAGAGCAGUGGCAGGAAGCCGUGGGUGGCAGGAAUGAGUUUGGGACUGUUCCCUGUGUCCAGCUUCAACCCGUCUUCUCCUGACACCCCUUUCUCCUGUACUUACUUAUUUUUUCUCCUGUCCUUAUUGACACAGAUGUGUCUUCUGAUCUCUCUGUCCCUUCCUAGCUUGUUGUUUCUACUUCUCUUGGAGAACUGUUUCUUCCCCUGGUGUGAGGGACACUGUGCUCUUUGGUGGGGCUUUGGGCCACCAAAGAGGUGGGAUAUGUAAGAGGAGGGAUAUGAAUUGGGGUGGUUUGGAGUGGGAGUGGGGACCUGAUUCCCUCAUUCUCACCCUUGACAGUGUGCUGUGUUAACAAGGCCUGUGGAAAGGGGAGAGGACAGUGCUUGGCUAUGAGCCAUCGGUCUUGGUGUGGUAGAUGGCAUACCUAGAGAACAAGCCGUGACCAGCAUGUCCUCUUGUUCCCCUCUUGCCUGGUAGCUUUCUGAUGUACCAUCCAGGUUGGACUUUAUUCCCCUUUUUUCACCAACUUUGCUUCUCCUCUUGACCCUGCUCUGCAUCCAUUGGGACCACUUCCUUCCCAUCCCCACUUCGCUAGCUCCAGUCCACAGCUGUUGUAGCAGAGGAUGCUAAUGGCCCAGGCUUACUGUAUGGGGUAGUGGUUGGGGGUGGCCUGGGCUGGAGGGUGGGGAAUUUGAGUGUCCAACCAGAACAGGAAGGGAAAUGCUGAGCUCUGAGAUCUCCUCCCUUUUCCACCCGCAGCUGCCUCUGUUUCCUCCCUCAUUCCCCUCUACUCUAGCCUGACUUCCUGCCCCCUUUGGCCUGCCUGUGUCCGGUUUCGAGUGACCCAGACCUCCUAUCUCCUUUCUUUCCGUCCAACUCCUCCAAGCUUCCUUCCCACCCCCACUUUCCUUCUCCCCAGAUUACUAGUUGUUUGUGUAGGGCAGGGGAGAGGAGCUUGGAUAGCCCUACCCCCUGCUCCAGUCCGAGGAUGGGGCGGGGUGGGGGCUCAGCCCCUCUGAGCCUGUGAGUCAGCACUGUCCUCGUGAUUGGUCUCUCCCUUUAGCUCUCCGCCCCUGGGGAGGAGCCAGGCAGCUCUGGGUCCAGCCUGUUCUCUUCUCAGCCAGAGAAGAGGCUCCACGUUGGGCGGGGAUGGGGCCCGAAACUGUCUGGGUCUGAGCUGGGGAGCGGAAGCCACUUGUCCCUCUCCCUCCCCAGGACUUCUGUGACUCCUGGGCCACGGAGGUCCGACCAGGCUAAGGGCCUGGGGAUACCCCCUGCCUGGCCCCCUUGCCCAAACUGGCAGGGGGGCCAGGCCGGGCAGCAGCCCCUCUCUCACCUCAGCUAUGGAUCUUCUGCCCCCCAAGCCCAAGUACAAUCCACUCCGGAAUGAGUCUCUGUCAUCGCUGGAGGAGGGGGCUUCAGGGUCCACCCCCCCGGAGGAGCUGCCUUCCCCAUCAGCUUCAUCCCUGGGGCCCAUCCUGCCUCCUCUGCCUGGGGACGAUAGUCCCACUACUCUGUGCUCCUUCUUCCCCCGGAUGAGCAACCUGAGGCUGGCCAACCCGGCUGGGGGGCGCCCAGGGUCUAAGGGGGAGCCAGGAAGGGCAGCCGAUGAUGGGGAGGGGAUCGUAGGGGCAGCCAUGCCAGACUCAGGCCCCCUACCCCUCCUCCAGGACAUGAACAAGCUGAGUGGAGGCGGCGGGCGCAGGACUCGGGUGGAAGGGGGCCAGCUGGGGGGCGAGGAGUGGACCCGCCACGGGAGCUUUGUCAAUAAGCCCACGCGGGGCUGGCUGCAUCCCAACGACAAAGUCAUGGGACCUGGGGUUUCCUACUUGGUUCGGUACAUGGGCUGUGUGGAGGUCCUUCAGUCAAUGCGAGCCCUGGACUUCAACACCCGGACUCAGGUGACCAGGGAGGCCAUCAGUCUGGUGUGUGAGGCUGUGCCGGGUGCUAAGGGGGCGACAAGGAGGAGAAAGCCCUGUAGCCGCCCGCUCAGCUCUAUCCUGGGGAGGAGUAACCUGAAAUUUGCUGGAAUGCCAAUCACUCUCACCGUCUCCACCAGCAGCCUCAACCUCAUGGCCGCAGACUGCAAACAGAUCAUCGCCAACCAUCACAUGCAAUCUAUCUCAUUUGCAUCCGGAGGGGAUCCGGACACAGCCGAGUAUGUCGCCUACGUUGCCAAAGACCCUGUGAAUCAGAGAGCCUGCCACAUUCUGGAGUGUCCCGAAGGGCUUGCCCAGGAUGUCAUCAGCACCAUUGGCCAGGCCUUCGAGUUGCGCUUCAAACAAUACCUCAGGAACCCACCCAAACUGGUCACCCCUCAUGACAGGAUGGCUGGCUUUGAUGGCUCAGCGUGGGAUGAGGAGGAGGAAGAGCCAGCUGACCAUCAGUACUAUAAUGACUUCCCGGGGAAGGAACCCCCCCUGGGGGGGGUGGUAGACAUGAGGCUUCGGGAAGGAGCUGCUCCAGGGGCUGCUCGAUCCACUGCACCCAGUACCCAGACCCCUAGCCACUUGGGAGCUACACUGCCUGUAGGACACCCUGUUGGGGGAGAUCCAGAAGUCCGAAAACAGAUGCCACCUCCACCACCCUGUCCAGGCAGAGAGCUCUUUGACGAUCCCUCCUAUGUCAACGUCCAGAACCUAGACAAGGUCCGGCAAGCAGUGGGUGGUGCGGGGCUCCCCAAUCCUGCUGUCAAUGGCAGUGCACCCCGUGACCUGUUUGAUAUGAAGCCCUUUGAAGAUGCUCUUCGGGUGCCUCCACCUCCCCAGUCAGUGUCCAUGGCUGAGCAGCUCCGAGGGGAGCCCUGGUUCCAUGGGAAGCUGAGUCGGCGGGAGGCUGAGGCACUGCUGCAGCUCAACGGGGACUUCCUGGUGCGGGAGAGCACGACCACACCUGGCCAGUAUGUGCUCACUGGCUUGCAGAGUGGGCAGCCCAAGCAUCUGCUACUGGUGGACCCUGAGGGUGUGGUUCGGACUAAGGAUCACCGCUUUGAGAGUGUCAGUCACCUCAUCAGCUACCAUAUGGACAAUCACUUGCCCAUCAUCUCUGCGGGCAGCGAACUGUGUCUACAGCAACCUGUGGAGCGGAAACUGUGAUCUGCCCCAGAGCUCUCUUCCAGAAGAUGCCCUCCAAUCCCUUCCACCCUAUUCCCUAAGUCUUGGGACCUCAUUUGGGAGUGUUCUGUGGGCUUGGCCUUGUGUCAGAACUGGGAGUAGUGUGGACUCUGGGUUUCAUAUCCAGCUAAGUAAGAGGGUUUGAGGGUUUGAGUCGGAAGCCUGGGGGAGAAUCCUGCCUCUCCCCAAACAUUAAUCACCAAAGUAUUAAUGUACAGACUGGCCCUUCACCUGGGCCUUUCCUGUGCCAACCUGAUGCCCCUUCCCCAAGAAAGUGAGUGCUUGUCAUGGAAAAUGUCCUGUGGUGACAGGCCCAGUGGAACAGUCACCCUUUUGGGCAAGGGGGAACAAAUCACACUUCUGGGCUUCAGGGUAUCCCAGACCCUUCUCAACACCCCCACCCACCCCAUGUUUAAACUUUGUGCCUUUGACUAUCUCUUAGGUCUGAUGAUGUUUUAUGCAGAGUUCUUGGGCCCCUGAGUUCAAUGACAGGGAUGCCAACACCUUCUUGGCUUCUGGGACCUGUCUUCUUGCUCAGCACUCUCUCCGGUUUGGGUUGGGAUAACAGAGGCAGGAGUGGCAGCUGUCCCCUCUCCCUGGGGAUAUGCAACCCUUAGAGAUUGCCCCAGAGCCCCCCUCCCGGCCAGGGGGGAGAUGGAUCCCUCCCUUGCUCAGUGCCUCCUGGCCGGGGCCCCUCACCCCAAGGGGUCUGUAUAUACAUUUCAUAAGGCCUGCCCUCCCAUGUUGCAUGCCUAUUGUACUCUACAGCCAAAGCGUAGCCCUUCUUGGAGCCUCUGCCCUGCCUCCCUUUCUGGGAGGGUGGGGUGGGGGUGACUGAAUUUGGGCCUCUUGUACAGUUCACUCUCCCAGGUGGAUUUUGUGGAGGUGGGAAAAAGGGCAUUGAGACUCUAAAGCAGUAGACAAUCCCCAGAUACCAUCUGUAGAGUUGGAACUGCAUUCUUUUAAAGUUUUAUAUGCAUAUAUUUUAGGGCUGUAGACUUACUUUCCUAUUUUGUUUUCCAUGGCUUAUUCUCGAGCACAAAAUAGUAAUCAAUUACUACAUUUAUACAUCACCUUUUUGACUUUUCCAAGCCCUUUUACAGCUCUUGGCAUUUUCCUCGCCCAGGCCUAUGAGGUAACUGGGAUCGCACCUUUUAUACCGGAGACCUGAGGCAGAUGAAAUUUAUUUCCAUCUAGGACUAGAAAAACUUGGGUCUCUUACCGUGAGACUGAGAGGCAGAAGUCAGCUCGAAUGCCUGUCAGUUUCAUGGAUGGGAAACGCAAAACCUGCAGUUCCUGAGUACCUUCUACAGGCCCGGCCCAGCGUAGGCCCGGGGUGGCCACACCACAGCAAGCCGCCCCCCUCUUUUGGCCUUGUGGAUAAGGGACAGUUGACCAUUUUCAUCCUGGACUCCUUUUGCUGUUUGGAUGUUUCCACGGGUCUCACUUAUACCAAAGGGAAAACUCUUCAUUAAAGUCCGUAUUUCUUCUA